CCGGAUAUGUCACGAAAUAGUAGUACGACCGGUUUGUUUUUCGCCUUUUUUGAGCCGCCGAAGCCAGCUCGCCGGUUUGGUUGUGGCCAUUCGUAGCCCUAUCCACAGUCUGCAACCACAACAAACCUAAACCAAAAAUGGCGUCUUCUCUAUCUUCUCUAUCGACCAUGUUGAGCCAACCUCACUGUGCUGUGCGCAUCAAAUUCCCUAAACAAUAUUCGGUCAGAUUCCUUUCUUCGAAGCUUCUAGAAGUUCAAUCAACCUCCUCCCGCCGCACCUCAGUUUCUCGGAGUUCUACAUUCUCUAUCAAGAUAUCCAGGAAUUUCUCGCAGUGUCACUCCCGCACUUCCUUAACCAGCAAGAACCAAAUUCCAACCCUCCGUGACUUCAUACCCAAAGCUACUCAGACUCUUUCUGCUUCCGAUGUUCAGCAGGAGUCUGUGAUGAUAUCUGAUGUUAUGCCUAGAGGACGCAUCUAUCAUGAAACUUAUGGAUGUCAAAUGAAUGUCAAUGAUAUGGAGAUUGUUUUAUCCAUCAUGAAAAAUGCUGGAUACACUGAAAGUGUGGAAGUCCCAGAAAAUGCUGAGAUAAUAUUUAUAAAUACUUGUGCUAUAAGGGACAAUGCAGAACUUAAGGUUUGGCAGAGGCUCAAUUAUUUUUGGUUUCUUAAGAGGCAAUGGAAGAGCAAUGUUGCCUCUGGAAGGUCACAGUCUGCACAUCCCCCCAAAGUAGUUGUGCUGGGGUGUAUGGCUGAGAGGUUGAAGGACAAAAUAUUGGAUGCAGAUAAGAUGGUUGACGUAGUUUGUGGGCCUGAUGCUUAUCGAGAUUUGCCACGCUUGUUGGAAGAAGUGGACUAUGGUCAAAAAGGUAUCAAUACUCUACUUUCACUUGAAGAAACUUACGCAGAUAUUAAUCCAGUCCGCAUCUCCAAAAAUUCUAUAUCUGCAUUUGUAUCUGUGAUGAGGGGUUGCAAUAAUAUGUGUUCAUUCUGCAUUGUUCCCUUCACAAGAGGGAGAGAACGGUCUCGCCCAGUGGAAUCAAUCGUGAAAGAGGUCGCUGAACUUUGGAAAGAGGGAGUCAAAGAGGUUACGCUUCUCGGUCAAAAUGUAAAUAGCUAUAAUGAUACAUCUGGAGUUGAAAAUCCGGAUGAACCAGCAGUCAGUUGGGAACUUAGUGAUGGAUUCUCCAGCAUGUGUAAAGUAAAACAUGUGGGUCUACGGUUUGCUGAUCUCCUAGAUAGACUUGCCAUAGAAUUUCCUGAAAUGCGGUUCAGAUACACUUCCCCACAUCCUAAAGAUUUUCCAGAUGAUUUGUUGUAUGUAAUGCGGGACAGGUACAAUAUCUGCAAAAGCAUUCAUUUGCCAGCACAAUCAGGCAGCAGUGCAGUGCUUGAAAGAAUGCGUCGUGGAUACACUCGCGAAGUAUAUUUAGAUCUUGUGAAGAAGAUAAGGGAUAUAAUACCGGAUAUGGGCAUAAGCAGUGACUUCAUAUGUGGUUUCUGUGGAGAAACGGAAGAGGAUCAUGAAGACACACUAAGCCUUGUAAAGACUGUUUGUUAUGAUAUGGCAUACAUGUUUGCUUACAGCAUGAGAGAGAAAACACAUGCGCACAGAAAAUAUGUUGAUGAUGUUCCUGAAGAUGUGAAGCAGAGGAGGCUCACAGAACUAAUAGAAGCUUUUCGCGGGAGUACAGGUCAGUGCUAUGACUCUAAAAUUGGCACAAUCCAACUUGUGCUAGUUGAAGGGCCAAAUAAGCGAGCCCCCGACACAGAGUUAAUUGGUAAGAGCGAUAGAGGCCAUAGGGUAUCAUUUACGAACCUGCCUAUCCCAGAUAAGGUUGAUAAUAAUGGAAAGCGCAAUCCAAAGGUUGGUGAUUAUGUUGAAGUACACAUAACGAAAUCCACAAGGGCAUCUCUGUUUGGAGAAGCACUCGCUAUAACCAAAUUAAGCUCAUUUUACAACACUUCACAUGAAGAAGCUGUUGCCUUUGCCAGCAGAACUUAAGCUAUUAUUAAAGCUUCUGUACUACAGUUUGCUCUUCCAUCUUGCUUUUCUUUUGAAAUCACAGAGUAUUGUUAAUAGUUGUAGCAUUCUUGGUAGCUUAAAUAUCUUUUGCUUCCAUACUGGAGUUUUAUAUCUGGCUGUUCCAGAUAGCGCAGAGAUGAGUCAUCUUUGAGCUGGUUAAUUUUCAGUAUCUAAUUUUAGACAAGAAGUCUUGUUUGCUCAAUAAUAUUUGAAAAUUUGCAGGGAAUCCCGGAAA